CUUGCUUUGCUCUCUAGCUCACUCAAAAAUUAGUAUUCCACACAGCUCGAAAUUAACUUUUGCAACAAUGGCACGAGGGCCCUUGGAUCUGUGGAAUGCAUGGGGAACGCAGAUCCUGGUGCUCUUGAGUCUCACGCUGCAGAUCCUGCUCCUCCUGUUCGCAGGGAUCCGCCGGCGCAAGUCAUCCGCGGUGGUGGCGGUGCUGAGGUUCAUCCUCUGGCUGGCCUACCAGCUGGCCGACUCGACCGCGAUCUAUACUGUUGGCCACCUCUCCCUUAGCAGCGCGCCACGCGAGCACAAGCUGGUGGCAUUCUGGGCGCCGUUCCUGCUGCUCCACUUAGGGGGCCCAGACAAUAUCACCGCCUACUCCCUCGAGGACAACAAGCUGUGGAAGCGCCACCUCGUGACUCUGGUGGUGCAGGUCCUUGGAGCCGAGUAUGUCCUCUAUAAGAAUAUUUUGGAAAGUGGUGGCUCGAUUGUGGUCGCCUCUAUUCUCAUGUUCAUUGUUGGCACUGCAAAGUAUGGUGAGAGAACAUGGGCGCUUUACAGGGCCAACUUCAGUAGUAUUCAGGCUGCGCUCAAGAAGCUCCCCCGUACUCAACUGAGAGGGUACCAAGGCUACCUAUGGGAGGAGGAUGGGCACAUUGGUACAGGCAGCGAAGAGUUCCUCCUACAGCGUGCCCACUCCCUUUUCCAUAUCUGUGAGCGUGGGAUUGUCGACUCCGUGAUUGAUGUAGACAAAACCGAAACCGAGAGCAAAAAAGUAAUCAAUCGGCUCCAGAAGAGCAAGCCCGAGUGGAUGUGGAGGGUGAUGGAGAUGGAGCUGUCGCUGAUGUAUGACACCCUCUACACUAAGGCAAGAGUGAUACACUCAAUGUUUGGGUACUUGGUGCGAACUGCCUCCCCGUUAGCCGUCGUCGCUUCCUUCCUGUUGUUCCAUUUCAGUGGGAAGCGUGGUCACAGCAGAGUCGACAUCACCAUCACCUACACCCUACUUGCUGGUGCCCUGCUCAUUGAGACUGCAUCUACACUGAACGCAGUGGGAUCGAGCUGGGCACUCUCCUACCUGUGCAAAACAGAGUGGAGCUGGCUCCGGCACGCAGCCCUAUGCGCCAGAAGAUGGCACCGGCUGCGGCGUGCAGUGGUGACUGUUCGCCAGUUUAUCAAAACCAUGACGGGAGGAUCAUCAAGCCUCUACGGAAGAUCAAGGAGGUCGUCAGGGAACAUAGGUCAGUACAACCUGCUCUACGUCCGCAGCAGCCUGGAGAUGGACAAGACGGACAGAAAGCUCAACCGCUUCGCCACGAAGCUGAGUUUCGGUGACCGGUGGGACAAUACUUACUACUCAUGGACCAUCAAGAUCCCAGACAAGGUGAGGGAUCGUGUUGUGAGUAUGCUCUCUCGGCAUGAUCUCAACACUAUGGGCAUGCUCAGGCAUAAAUGGGGCGAGAUAGGACUAAACGAUCUGAAGUAUCCUGGGUUGUUCAAAGAGCUCGAUCAUUUCGAUGACAACAAUAGCUGGCAUGGCGUAGAAUUCCACGAGAGCAUCAUAUCCUGGCACAUCGCCACUGAGCUUGUCCUUUUUAAACUCAAUGCCAACUAUGAGGAUGAGCAUGUGGGCCCAAUCAGAGCUCUUUCCAACUACCUCAUGUAUCUUCUCGUCACCCGCCCUGACAUGCUGCCUGGCCUUCCCCAAAACUGGUUGUACGAAAUGACCUGCGAAAACCUCGACGACAUAUGCCAUGGCCAGCUUGAUCCUUCAGACAAGAGUGGUGUCAGCGCGGUGCUCAAGAAGCUGAUUGGACGACAUGGUGGCACCAGACCAUAUAAGCUAGACCAGACAAACCAGCUCGCAGACAUCAUAUUACACUGGGAGAGUCGGGGUCACCAGCCUGAAAUUCCUCGCCUCAAGUAUGCACGCGAAAUCGCUAAAAUAGUAUUGGAGCGUGAGGAAGAUAAAAAGGAUAUUUUGUUCGACCUUUGGACAGAUUUUCUUAUCUACGCUGCCAACCGAUGCAACAGGGAAUCGCAUGCUAGGAAUCUGAACACUGGCGGUGAGUUCACCACCGUUGUGUGGCUAAUGAUAGAACACAUUUACCAAACAAAGUAAUAAAACUAGAGAGUCAAUGUAAAAGUUGGAGACAUGGAUAUUGUUGACCAAUGUAUAUGGGCAUGUUUAUUACUUAUAUGAAGGUGGU